GUCUCUCGGAAUCUUGUGAAUUUCCAGAAUAAUCAAUCAACGAUUAAACGUAGCCUUUCGUCACCUGCUGCAUAACUUUCUUCCAUUUUAGUCCGUUUAUAUUUUUCACGCCGGCCUUGAUUUCUCUCGCUACAGCUAGCCCGGGAGGCAAGUAGGAAAUGGUGGUCUCCGGUUCAAGCGAGGUUCCGGCGCCGGCAGGCUCCAACUACGACCGACUAAGCGAGAUAAAAGCGUUUGAUGAAACAAAAAGAGGGGUCAAAGGUCUCGUCGACGCCGGCGUCGUCGAGAUUCCUCGGAUGUUCUUUAACCCGCCGGACGGUCUCGAGAAGGCGCCGGGAGACGGGCUCACGCAGUUCGUUUUUCCGGUGAUAGAUCUCGGAGGCAUGGACAGAGACCCGAUUCGGCGGAAGGAGGUUGUGGAUGAAGUCCGGAAAGCGGCGGAGAGUUGGGGUUUCUUCGAGGUGGUGAACCAUGGGAUACCGGUCAGCGUUUUGGAGGAGAUGUUGGCGGGCGUGCGCAGAUUUUAUGAGCAAGACGAUGAGGUGAAGAUGGAGCUGUACACACGGGACACCUCCAGAAGGCUGUAUUACAACAGCAAUUUCGAUCUCUACUCUGCAUCGGCGGCUAAUUGGAGGGACACUUAUAAUUGCAUCAUGGCUCCUAAUCCCCCUCAACCUGAAGAAUUGCCGGCUGUGUGCAGAGACAUACUAAUGGAGUACUCCAAGCAGAUGAUGAAGUUGGGGUUUACAUUGUUUGAGUUGCUAUCAGAGGCUUUAGGGCUAAAUCCAACCCAUCUAAAGGACAUGGAUUGUGCCAAGGGACUAGUCAUCGUCAACCAUUAUUAUCCAGCAUGCCCACAGCCACAAUUAGCCUUAGGCACAAGCAAACAUACAGAUAAUGAUUUUAUUACAGUGCUUUUGCAAGAUCAGAUGGGAGGCCUUCAGGUCCUACAUCAAGAUCAGUGGGUUGAUGUUCCCCCCAGAUUAGGAGCCUUGGUUGUAAAUGUUGGAGAUCUUCUACAGCUUAUAACAAAUGAUAGAUUCAAAAGUGUGGAACACAGAGUACUGGCAAACCAAGCUGGCCCAAGACUGUCAGCAGCUUCCUUUUUCAGCACCAAUCUUUUGCCGUCCACAAAACUUUAUGGACCAAUAAAGGAAUUGUUGUCGGAAGAUAAUCCUCCCAAGUAUAGAGAAAUUACAGUAACAGACUAUUGUACCUAUUUCCUCGCAAAAGGGCUUGAUGGGACAUCUGCUUUGCUGCAUUUUAGAGUCUGAACUUGCUAAUGGAGAUGAAGAAAAAGGUCACAUAACUCAUGGUUGGGGAUUAGAUGGUUCCUGUUCUGAUCACUCGUCUCAAAUAAUGAAAAUUUCGGGAUCGAUCCCUAAGUGGUAAUAUAGAAAUGGAACUGUGUCUUUCUACAUAUUUCUUGCACAGAAGGUUUAUUAUAUAUAUUUCCCUUCACAUUGUAUGGGAUCCCUUUAAGCACAUUGUAUGCAAUAAUACCAUGUAUUAUUGUUCUAGUAACUUUCUUUGUGACUUUCA